GGCGGGCGCCGCGCUCCCUUCCGAAGAGGAAUGGCGGCGGGAAGGGGAAGCAGGAGCAGGUAACCUCUGAACAGACCUUGUGAAGAAGCCCCUGUGAGAGCUUUACCCUCGGGGUGCCUUAGGACUGAAAUGAAGGCUCACCGCAGUGGCAAGAACAAAGAAUAAGUGGGAGAAAGACAUAUUUCAAGCGACAACCUUGGAGGAAAGGGAGGAUUGCGCUGUUAAAAGAGGGGCUUGGGAACGAGACCAGAAGGCUACGGCAAUACAAAGACCAAGAAGAGAAAAUCUUGUGUUGUGCAGGAGUCCAUAUCUGUGACCUUGUGGCAUAAUAUUUGAAUCAUAAAGAGAAAAAAACAAUGGAAAAUAUCAAUCCCUGUUCCACAUCACAUUCAGGGGAGAAGCUACAUACGUGUAUCGACUGUGGGGAAUGUUUCAUGGGGAGAAGUUCCCUUACUAAACAUCAACAAAUUCACACAGGGGAGAAGCCAUAUCAGUGCAUUGAAUGUGGAAAGAGCUUCAGUCAGAGUAGAGAUCUGCUCUUCCAUCAAAGGACCCACACAGCGGAGCAGCCGUAUCAAUGCAUGGAAUGUGGAAAGAGUUUCAGUUGGAGUGAACAGCUUCGUUCCCAUCAAAGGACCCACACGGGGGAGAAACCACAUCAAUGCAUGGAAUGUGGAAAGAGCUUCAGUGGUGGUGGACACUUGCGUUCCCAUCAAAGGACCCACACAGGGGAGAAGCCAUAUCAAUGUGUGGAAUGUGGGAAGACUUUCACUGAAAGUGCAGUUCUGCAUUCCCAUCAGAGGACCCACACAGGGGAGAAGCCAUAUCAAUGCAUAGAAUGUGGAAUGAGCUUCAGUCGGAGUGGAAAUCUGCGUGCCCAUCAAAGGACCCACACAGGAGAGAAGCGACAUCAGUGCAUGGAAUGUGGAAAGAGCUUCGGUCAGAGUGGACAUCUGCGUUCCCAUCAAAGGACCCACACGGGGGAGAAGCCAUAUCAAUGCUUGGAAUGUGGAAAGAGCUUCAGCCAGAGUGGCAAUCUGCGUUCCCAUCAAUGGACCCACACAGGACACAAGCCACAUCAAUGCAUGGAGUGUGGAAAGAGCUUCAGCCAGAGUGGCAAUCUGCGUUCCCAUCAAAGGACCCACACAGGGGAGAGCAUACACCAGACUCCGGGGCAGAGGGAGAGUUCCACUGCUGAGCAGCUCUUCUUACAGUUAGGAAGUUCUGCCUCAUGUUCAGGUGGAAUCUCCUUUCCUGAGGUUCAAUAGAUCCCAGCCUGUGGGCCACAGCCCAGCGGUGGGAAGCGAGAGCGAAAAUCCUGUCCGUGAACCUCCCUCCUCUUUAUUUAUUUAUUUUUCACUCCUUUCAGCAGAGCUUACCAGCCGCACCCCUUUUGAUACUAAUGUUGGAGAGUGGUCCUGGACAGAGUGGGCCCUGGUCAAAGUUAAGAACCACUGCUGUAGUUUGAAUCCAUUGCUCCACAUCCUUGCUUGCCCCCCCUCCCUAUGACUUCCCCUCACAUCUUGAUAUAUGCCCCAUAUCCUGUCUCCUCUCAGCCUCUGCAGGCUAAACAUGCCCAGCUCUUUAAGUCGCUCCUCAUAGGGCUUGUUCUCCAGACCCUUGAUCAUUUUAGUCGCCUUCCUCCGGAAACAUUCCAGCUUAGGGUCAGCAUCUCCCUUCAGUUGUGGUUCCCAGAAUUGGACACAGUGGGAUUCCAGGUCAAGUGGUCUGACCAAGGCAGAAUAGAGCACGGGGAGCAGCACUACUCUCCUAUUGAUGCAGGCCAAAAUCCCAUUGGCUGUUUUAGCUGCUGCAAAAGCUUUUUCACACAUACUGCUGUGAGGUGGUCACCCCCCCCCCCCCAUUCUGUAUCUUUGCAUUUCACUUUUUCUGCCUCAGUGGAGUCUCUUGCCGGCAGGAAGACAAACUCAAAGGCCUUUCAGCCUUUUAAAAAAUAUACAGAGGUGUCACCGUAGGUUAUUGGGUGUUGUUCUGACUGUCUUCAAACUGUCGUUUUAUAGGCUAUAUGUUUUACUUUAUCAUAUUGCACUGUGUGUUUAUUUUAUGCUCAGUUUCAGGCACUUUGUGCCAUAUGUAAGCUGCCCCGAGUCCCUUCGGGGAGAUGGUGGCGGAGAACAAAAAUAAAGUUGUUAUUAUUAUUAUUUUACUGACACAAAAGCACCAUAUGUCACAGCAAACGAGAUCUCUAGGCUGGAUUUGGUAUCACAAAAUCACAAGUUGAACCCUUCCCAAGCGUCUAGGAGUGUGUGAUGUAUUUCCGAAUGAUGCGCGCAGAUCCAAGUCAGGAGGCCUUUUGCAGUUGACAGAGCGUGAUUUUGUCGAUGUUUAUGGUUUCCAAAUGCCGGGUGAGAUCUUUUGGCACGGCUCCCAGUGCGCCCAUUAUGACCACUGGGACCACCUGGACUGGUUGAUGCCAUCAGAGCCUUUGCAGUUCGAUUGUGAGGUCUUGAUAGUGGCUGAGUUUUUCCUGUGGUUUUUCCUCAAUGUGGCUGAUGCGUGGAAUGGCGACGUCAAUCAUCCAGACUUUUUUCUUUUCCACAAUUGAGAUGCCUGGCGUAUUGUGUUCCAAAACUUUGUCAGUUAUUAUUAUUAUUAUUAGUAGUAGUAUUAUUAUGAUAUUGUUAUAGAAGUGGAGGGUGGUGAGUUCAAGUGUAGACACUGUUCUGCCUUUUGUUAUUUGCACAAUUUGUUGAUUAAGUUGCAGGAAUUGCCACUUAAAUUGAUACGUCUCUAUCUAAGAAAACAAAAUCUGUUGGUAAUGAUGUUUGAGAUGGAACUGCAUGGAGUGGCCAAAGGCACCCCCUGCGACCUGGUCAAGGGGCCCGCCUUGCAACACAGCGAGGGGAGAGAGAGAGAGAGAGAGAGAGAGGAGACCACGCCCGGCGGGGCAGGGAUGCCAAAGGUCACAACACAGGUAAUAUUUAUUCUUUACAAAGGGAAUCAAACACUCUUUCCAAAAAAUAUUUUACAAGAGGUGGUCACUUUCGCAAAGAGCAGAAGCCGCUCGAUCCAUAUUUUUUAAAUGAGGGGAAGGGGAUCCCCUUCCAGCAGCCCCUUCCCCUCUUUGCUUCGCUUUUAGACGUGACCUAUACUCCCCCCCCCCUUUUGCCGGGUUCAGAGGCGAGGCGCAUCCUCUGGGCCGGACCCCUGCCCGUGCGCAAUGGCCGCCCUCGCGGUCCCAGCGCCCCGGCCUUCAUUCCUAGAGAGUGAAGUUGGCCCAGGGGGGGAAGGUGUCCAGGUUGAACAUGGAUCGGCCCCAGGUGUUGAUGGCCACCGUGGUGCACGCGAUGCCGAUGACGUUCAUCAUGAUCCCAGUUUUUGCCUGGAGGAGGAGAAAGAGAAGAAGAAGAAGAAGGGUUUUUUUAUCCUCCUGAGGAAGAGGAGGAGAAAAGAAGGAGUGUUUGACCCCAAGGAGAAGAGGAAGGAGAGAAGGAAAAGGAGGAGAAGGGGAAGGGGAAGUGUUUGAUCCCGAGGAGGAGAAGGAGGAGGAGAAAAAGGAGUAUUCGACCCCCAAGGAGAAGGAGGAGUGUUUGACCCCAAGGAGAAGAGAAAGGAGGAGAAGGGGAAGGAGAAGUGUUUGAUCCCAAGGAGAAGGAGGAGAAAAAGGAGUAUUUGACCUCCAAGGAGAAGGAGGAGUGUUUGACCCCAAAGAGAAGAGGAAGAAGGAAAAGGAGGAGAAGGGAAAGGAGAAGUGUUUGAUCCUAAGGAGAAGGAGGAGAAAAAGGAGUAUUUGACCCCGAGGAGGAGGAGGAGAAGUGUUUAACCCCAAGGAGAAGAGGAAGGAGAGAAGUAAAAAGAGGGGAAAGGGAAGGAGAAGAAGUGUUUCCUCCCAAAGAGAAGAAGGAGAAGGAGAAAAAGGCGUAUUUGACCCCAAGGAGAAGGAGGAGUGUUUGACCCCAA